CUAUGAAUUGCCAUAAGUAUAUUAAUUUGUAUUAAUUUUUCAAUUUUAUUGAAUAAUUAUUACAUUUAUUAUUUGAAAGUUCAUUUUUAUUUUUAUUUACUUUAGUAAAAUAAUUAAGAUUAGUUUAAACAUUAAUAAAUUUAUAGUAAACUAAUGUAAAAUUAAUUACCAAUAAUAAAAUACAAAAAUAAAUAAAGAAAAAUCAUACAAAAAUAUGUUUACUAUAAGGAAAGCGGUUAAAGAUGAUUGUCCGAUAUUAAGACAACUAAUACAAGGAUUGGCUGCAUAUCACAAAUUGAACACAGUUUUGGUUUAUCCGGUGGAACAGCUCGAAGAACAAGGAUUCAGUGAUCAGCCAUCGAAACAACUGUUUCAGGCACUGGUAGCCCAAAGUACUGAUAGUAAACAACAACUCGUCGGUUAUAUCAUCUAUUUUAUGACAUAUUCUGCAUUUAAUGGAAAAGUCAUUCAAAUGGAGGAACUGUAUGUCCGUGAAGAGUAUAGAGGAUGUGGUUUGGGUCGGACACUCAUGAGAGAGUUGGCUAAAGAAGCCAUACAGUUGUCUGUUGGCAGUAUUGAAUGGGAUUGUAUGUCAAACAAUGAGAGCUCAAUAUUGUUUUAUAAGCGUUUGGGUGGUAAAGAUCUGGCAGAUAUUGAUGGCAUUCAUAUGUAUAGUCUUAAGGGUGAUAAACUAAAACAAUUAGUUAAUACAUGUGACUCGGAUGGCCAUCAAUGUCUGACAACUAUUAUUAGAGAGGCAACCAAAGAGGACAGUUGUGUUUUACGCCAAUUGACACAAGAGUUCACUAAAGAGGUUAAUAUGAUUAGAGAUGUUGUCAGCGAACAAGACCUGAUUGAUAAUGGAUUGAGUAAUGGGUGCGAUAGUAGACAAUUGUUUCAAGUGUUUAUUGCCGACAGUGUAGACAGUGGACAGCCGAUUGGAUACAUAUUUUAUUGUCGAGCAUACUCGCCAUGGAAUGGCACCGGCUUCUGGAUUCGCAACUUAUAUGUGCGGCCAGAGUACCGGCAAAAAGGUUUGGCCCAACAUCUAAUGGCAGCGGUGGCCAAACGUGCUAUCAGUGAGUCGCGAUCGCAUCUUUAUUGGCGCGGAUGUGUUAGCGAUGCGGUUGCCACCAGUCUAUACAACAAAUUGGAGGCCAACGACUUGACCGCUAACAUUGGCCUUAAUUUGUUUAGUAUGUCGGCCGACAGUUUGGCACAGUUAGCCACUUAACUAAACACUAAAAAUA